AUGACACUGGCUUUCAUCAAAAUCGCAAGCGCUGGCUACCACUAUGGUGGUUUGGAACGUCACGAAAUACAAAAACGUUGGUUUGGAGAGGAUGUUCUCAACUGGCUCGCUGAACUGAUCUUUGUCGGUGAGGCAGAGGCUACGAAAAAGCUCAACCACCAUGUCAACGAGAAGUUUGAGCUUCUACUCAUAGACCAACAAUUUGGACCGUGCCCUGUCGGUCCGGCACAAGUGCAGGCGAACGUUAGAUCCAGUAUCACGGCUAAGAUUGACAUCGAGACUUCCUUCGGCUUUACUAUCAUCGCCACAUUGAAAGAGGGAAUGGACCUGAAAAGGCCAUAUCUCUAUUUCAGAAACGCUGGAGAGAUCAAUGCCAAGUUUGAACUCGACGCUGUGGUGUCCUUGACUUACUCAACCGGUGAUAUCAAGCUGCUUGGUCUAGACGAUUUUCCCGGCGCUACUUUCCGCGUUCCUGGCCUCGUCACAGUCGGCCCUAACCUCGCCGUCUAUGCCUCAUCUGAGGCAUCCUUUGUUGUAGCUGGUCACCUCGAAGCCGACAAUGCUGCGCACCCCGACCAAGCCCUCGACGAGCCCAACUGCGAAGCAAAGACUAUCGGUAAGCCCUUCUUUGAUGCUUCCGUCACGGCCAAUGGCAAAAUUGCCCUCUAUCUCAAGUCAACCGUGACAUUUGGUAUUGACUUCGACAACAAAUGGAAGGUUCCCCGCUGCGCUGUGGAUCUCGUGCUAGACGGGUAUAACCCCUCGACUUCCCCCUCCUUUUACUCUUCAUACUCAAGGUCUGCGGAAAUGUCUGCAAGUGACUGGCAGCAGAUUUAUUCCUAUUACCCGCCCCAUGCAUUCGCCUGCGUCGACCAUCAUCGGUGUGAGAUUGCCCACCGCAAGCAGCAACAUCGGUCGGAAGCUUCCAAUCCACCUCCUUUAAUUCCCCAGUUCUUCCGUCCUAGUAACGAUACGCCAGUUGGCUUUUGUAUUCUGCUGCGCUCUCACAGCUAUCGCAUAGGCUAUACUGAGGAUCGGGACGAGCUUGCUGGAGCCGGUGAUGACCCUGGCUUACUUUACUUCAACCGCUGCUUUUCCAAUACUCGCAACCAUGUUGUUGAAGCGCUUCGUUCAUCUGAUUCAGAGGGCGAGUUAUCACCGGAAGCUUUAGAAUUGUCGACCGAGCGCGUCAUGUGCCAGAUUGAUCUCGGCCAGAUCAUCAUGUGCGAUGUCUUCCUCAAUGCUGGUAGCCCUUCGCUUCAGUAUGCGCUGGAUGUGGACGAGGGCGAGCCUCCUGACCCAAAUCCUCCACCGGAGGAGCAGCUCCACGAACAGCUAGAUCAGGAAAUGUCCGCGGGAGGUUUCUCACUUGAUCCCUCAUUCCAAGUGUCCCAAAAUGCCGAUGUUGUGACCAUUACGAAUACUUCAGAGGGAAAUGACCCGGACAUGCAUUACCUCGUCUACGCGCCGUUCCUCAGUUAUCUCCGCAAUAGUGUCGCAAACAAAAUCCUGAACCUUGAAUUUUUCAUCCCAGAAUCUAAUUCCUGGUCCGCCAUCGGCCCCGCCCACACCGAAGCCCUUAGCCACCAACAAACUAACCUCCCUAUCGGCGCCUUGCACACCUUCUGCGCAUCCGAAGAUGACCUUCCCGCACCGCACUACAUAUCUCCGCAGUUACCCGAGGAAUCGCUCAGCGCUGCGCGGAAAAUGCUCCGCACACCCUUUCGCAUGUUCGCGGUCGUGCUGGAUCGAGCGAACUUUGUCAGCCAGGCGGGCAUUUUCUUCUACAUGACGAAUUUCGAUGCAUUGAACGACCCUGACCUAAACUUAGAGGUUUCUCCUGACGAUACGCAGAUUCGGCGGGGGGUUGGUAUUAGUGAGGUUGCGAGGCGAUUGGCGAUGUCGGCUGUCAACGCGUGA